GUAUGUAAAAUCUGGAAAUGGAGAAAUGAGACUCCAGUGGGGCUCACUCAGUGACUCUGGAAAGGAUAAGAGCUACUUUUCUUCCACUUGCUGGCCUGGAGUCUCCAUCAACUAAAAUGACCCAUUUUGUGCUGUUUCACUGGAUUCUGAUACAGAUCUUUAUAGCACACACAGCAUCCCAGACUGUUGUCGGAGGAGUGACAGGGCAGUCUGUCAGGCUGCCUUGCGGCUACCGGGUGACUCCGCGUACGGGCGUCUCCGAUGUGUGCUGGGGCAGAGGCUCCUGCCCAAAUUCAAAGUGCAAGAACACGAUUUUGGAAACCCGUGGGAGUAGGGUGAGAUUCAGAAAAUCUCCGAGAUACGACCUCCAGGGCUCUAUUUCCACUGGAGAUGUGUCUCUCACCAUUGGGAUGGUGGAGGCAGGAGAUGCGGGUUUAUACUGCUGCCGUGUGGAGAUCCCGGGCUUGUUCAACGACAUCAAGAACAACAUACGGCUGGUGGUGGCCAGAGCCCCUCCAGUGAUGACAACCACCACGAGAAAGGCUCCUGUUUCCCCUAAAGGUUUUAGAAAGACAACUUUUGCUCCCCAGGCAACCUCUGUUCUUCAGCCAACAGCACAGACCGCUGUCCUCCUGACAACCACAACCACCGACUCUCCAGAUGUAACUACACUGGAGACCAUUGCUCCUCCAACAAUUCCUGUGACAGAAAAAGCUACUUUUCCAGUAACUAUGAUGACAAGCAGUGCUCUCCCACAUUCUUCAGCUAUCUCCCAUGAAGAUGACAUGUUUUGUGUCACAGAGCCUGGUCCCGUUCCUGGAAGUACGGAGGUGACUACUGAAUUCCCAAAUAUACUUCUGACUGAAGAGGGAAGUACAAGUGCUGACACCUCUGUCAUGAUGGAAGAUGUGCCAAAUGCAGUGAUUUCAGCAAAUUCAGAUGGCAAGGCUGAGCAACAUGAUGAUAGUGGAGAUAAGGUAAAACUUCCUUUUCCCAGCUCUGUCAUUCUCAUUGCCUGUGUCAUAGCGGGGACCGUUCUUUCCGUGCUGAUGUUCUCACUGUUUUGGAAACGUAAACAAGUAAAGAAACAUAUAAUAAAAAGUGUUGGACCUCCAGAGGAGCAGGAGAAAGUUUUCAGUGGUGCUGAAGGAGAAAACAACAUUUUUUCCCUGUGAAGACCUCCUACAUUAUCUGUAGAUGCCAUGGAAAAUAAAAAGAGCCUGUUUCAUGCUGCACUAAGAGAUGCUCGUGAGCCUCCAAAAUAUCAAUGGGUGUAAACCACAGGCCAGAGCUUCAACUAUGAAAAUUUAAAAAAUUUUAAAAAAUGCAAAUUGUGCCAUAUCACCCUUAACAUUCAUUGCAUAAAGAAGCUGAUUUGAGAAAGGGCUUUAUGCAUUAUUCAUGGAUGCUUCUGGCAUCUGCCUUCUUACUAACACCAUUUUGCACAAUUGAAUUUAUUUUUCUCCAUUUUACUAAUGCUCUUCCUUGAAUACAACUUAUACUGUGAAGAACAGAAGAGAGAAGAAAUUACAUGGAAAGCUGCCUAUCUUCAAAUUGCCAAAAGGAAAGAAGAAAUAUCAGAAACUAUGGUUCUUACUGCUUUCAUGUAAUCAACAGAAAAAUUAGCUACAAGAAUGCUGUGAGUUUGAAUCAAAAAUGCUGAUUACUUAAGAGGUACCAAUACUGUCUGUGAUUCAGCAUGUUUGAAUGACCCUUAGAGAUGAUGUUAAUAAACUUUUUAAUUUAC